AAUUCCACGUGCGUGUCUGACUUCUGUGGAGGCUGCAAUGCCAGGUUCUUCCAGGAUGGCCAGGGAGUUGAGUGUGGAGUUAACUGCUCUGCUGUGUCAUGUCUGAGGCCAAUCUGUGGUGAUUUGGAGGAACUUGUUGUACCUCCCAGAGAGUGUUGCCCUGUCUGCCAAACCAACUGUACGGCGGUGACCUGUCCUGCUGAUGUCAUCUGUGGUGACGGAGAGAGCCCUGAGUCGACUCUCGGAGGAUGCUGCUUCUCUUGCACACGUAUCUGCCCCGAGGACCUCGAGUGUCUACCUAUUCGCUGUCCAAAUGCCAUUCCACCAAACCCCUUGGAGGGAAGGUGCUGCCCCACCUGUCCUCCCACAGACCCGUGUGCGAGUGUGAGGUGUGAGCGAGGCUACCAGUGCCAGGUGGAGCUAGACGAGGCCUACUGCCAGCCCAACUGCUCCCUGAACCCCUGUCCCCUAGGACACCUGUGUCAUGUGGAGACCGUCUUCUGUGUCAGAGCCCCUUGCCCUGGACACCUCACCUGCACUGUGGACUGCAACCUGGUGGACUGCCGUGAUGUGGAUCCCUCUGAGUGCAGUAGUACUACUGUACUCCCUGCUGAUCCCUCAAACGGUCGUUGCUGUGAUGUUUGCGAUGACCCAUGUGUGAGAUUCAGUUGUCCUGAGCCUGAUGCGGAGUGCCAGGUGUUCAGACCUACUGGAGAGGCGUUCUGUGUCCCAGUCUGCCGGCCAGGGUUCUGUCCACCCGGCCAGCACUGCUCUAUCACCCCUCCCUCCUCCUGCCCCAGCCUACCAUGCCCUGGAGUUCGCACUUGUUCCCAAGUUGACUGCUCGGCUGUAAGUUGUCAGACCCCGGUCUGUGAGCAAGGACAAUUUGAAGAAGUACCUCUCAACGAGUGCUGUCCUGUCUGCAGAGAGCCCUGUGACACUCUCAACUGCACUAGUCCUGGAUAUGAGUGUCAGGUCCACCAGCCAAGUGGAACUCCAUUCUGUUCCCCAUUGUGUGUUCCUGGCUCAUGUCCUCCACUGCAGCAGUGCUCUAUAUCUCUUCCUGUCAGCUGUGAGGAGGAGCCUUGCCCUGGGAACCUGGACUGUCGACCUAGUUGUCUUGAGGAGGAGCUGGAGGAAUGUCUGGUUGAUGUCUGUCAGAAUGCCACCUGUGAUGUUCCAGGGGCAGUGUGUGUGGCUGACAACUGUCUGGAGUGCAGUGCCAGGUGGUUUCUGGGCUUUGAGGAGGUCACCGUCCUGUGUACAACACCUGUGCCAGUCAGUGUGUGUCCCAGUGGUCAGUUAGAGGUGGAGUGUGAGGAGGAGGACCUGUGUGCUCAGUCAGCCUGUGAGGACGCCGUCUGUGAGGUGGACAACUGUGGAGUCUGCUCUAUACGCUGGUACAGGGAUGGUGUUGAUGUCACCGACCAGUGUGAACAAGCAGGUCCAACACCAGACCCUUGCUCUGUCUGUGAGAGAGGUCAUCGCUGUGAGACUGAUGAGUCCAGUGGCACUGUCUACUGUGAGCCAGACUGCUCCAUGGACCCCUGCCCCCCAGGAUACACCUGUCUGGUGGAGACUGUCUUCUGUGGUGACAGGUCACCCUGUCCCAGUGUCCUCACCUGUGCUGCUCCUCCAAGUUCUUCUCCUACAGCUCCUCCAGAGUAGGGCGUGGAAAAACUUCAUUGACUGUGUUGUUACAGAUAACCUGACGUUUACAAGCAUGAUUGACAGUGUUUUUUACCCUUCUUUGUGAGAUUUGUUGUGCCGGCUA